UUUGGUCUAUUUACUCAAAAGUCCCACAAAAACCUUUAAUUUAGAAAAGGAGUCAGAAAUUUUAUAAUAAUAACACAGAGAGACGGCGCCUCCGCCGCGGUUGCAAUCCCUAGCCACCACCACCACCACUUCUCUCAUUCUCCUCCUCCCCCCCGUCAAAUAACAUGAUAAGCGACGAUUCAAUCGACGGUGUAGAUUUCAUCAGCUCAUUACCUGACGUGAUUCUCCACCAAAUCCUCUCCUCUGUUUCGACCAAGUCCGCGAUCAGAACCUCUGUUUUGUCCAAACGAUGGAGGUACGUAUGGUCUGAGACACCUUCUCUCUCCAUUGAUUGUCAUAGAGCCAACCCUAAUUCGAUCGACAAAACCCUAACUAGCUUCUCGGCUCCAAAGAUCACAACUUUUCAUCUCCGUACAAGCUUGCACAACAGGGUUCAACCCAUUAACGGCUGGAUCGAAUUCGCCAUUUCUCGCGACGCGGAGAAGCUUUCGUUUGAGUUCCGUGAUUCUUGUGUUAGGGAUUACAAUUUUCCUGAUUUCUUCUACACCAAUUCAUCUGUGAAGCAGCUCUUUGUCAACUCUGGAGCUGUUGAUUUCAUUCCCAGAUGCGUAGUCUCUUGGGCAUCUUUAAAGAACUUGUCUUUGAGCUUUUGCACACUCUCUGAUGAAUCCUUUCUUAAGAUUCUCUCUGGCUCUCCACUUCUCGAAAGCUUGGAAUUGCUGUAUUGUGAUGAGUUCAAAUGUCUUGAUCUGAGUCAGUCACCGCGUCUAACAAGAUUGGAGAUGGACCGUAGCGAUUGGUUUAUGGGUCCAACGGAGAUUGUGGCGCCACAUCUCCAUUAUCUGAGGCUCAGACAUUCUCGAUUACCGUGCCGUUUAGAGGAUGUCUCUUCUUUAACAGAAGCUGACUUGAACAUUUACUUUUGCGAUCUUGGAACCCUUACGGCUGAGUUUCUUCAACAUAAUGUGGUAAAGAUGCUAGAAAUGUUGCAAAAUGUUGAGAAGCUUACUAUUGGGGGUACCUUUCUUCAGAUGUUAUCUCUUGCUGCGCUCUGUGGUGUACCUUUUCCGACGCUAAAUGUCAAAACUUUGACUCUUGAAACGAUGAUUAUACGGUCUGUUAUUCCUGGUAUAACAGAGCUGCUACGGAACGUACCUGGAUUAAGAAAGCUAACAAUACACACUGUGAAAUGCAGCAGCAUAUCGGAAUUGCAUCUCAACGCGUACUUGCGUGUACAUAGCUUGAAUCAGCAUCAAUGCUGGAGAUCGAAAGACUCGGUCUUCCCGGGCUCUCUUGAGACCAUUUCGAUGUUAGUUGGUAAACACGCAGAGUCAAAUCUCGUGGCUUUGUUCAUGGAACGUCUGCUGGAAAGUACAAAAAGUCUAGAAACGAUGGUUGUACUCUUGGUAGGUUACCUUGAUGCAUCAGGUUUUGAAGAACUUCUUGCAAUGGCUACAACACUUUCUCACAACAACAACGAUGUCUCCAUAUUGAUCAAGCGAAGCUAUAUCAAGUACGUAGCCAAUACUUUCCCGCAACGAUAAUGUCUUUAGUUGUUGAUGAUCAAGCAAAAGCCAUUGUUAAAUAUGUUUUAUCAUGUAUUCGACUUGAAUCUCACACCGCAUUGUACACUACUGAAUGUAUAAGUCAGAUUAAUUGUAUUUUAAUUUAAUUUUCUUGUGUA